UAAAUUUAAAUAAUGUAUAGACUUGGCAGCACUUUUCAACGUAUAUUUACGUGUUAAAUUCGUUCUACGUUUGAUUUCCGAAGUGGAGAAGUUUACACAAAUGGAGUACACUACAGCAAAAGGUUCAUAUCUUGGAAAAAGUGCCACAUUGUGUACUCCACUACAUUUUAUUUACCCUCUCCCUACACCGGUCGCGACUGAUCAGAUUGAUGGUGGUAAUUACACACCUUCCCCACCGAUUUCAAGUCCACCUUUGCAAAAUUACGUCAGUAGCCAACAACAGGAUCAACAGUUUACACUCAUGCAAAUGAAUGGACGUAAAGUGCUUGGUCCACCAGAGGGUUGGCAAGGUCCUCCUCCAUCAAGUGCUUGCGAACUAUUUGUGCGUCGAAUACCACGAAAUAUAGAUGAACAGCAUCUAAUACAACCAUUUUUACGUUUUGGGCAAAUAUAUGAAAUGCGUUUGCCAAUGGAUUUCAAUCAGGCGAAUCGUGGUUACGCAUACGUCCGGUACACCACUGAGGAAGAAGCAAAUUGUGCUAUGGAAGUGUUGAACCAUUUUUAUGUUGCACCGCAUCGUAAGUUAGAGAUUCUACAAUCGUAUGAAAAGUGCUGUUUAUUUGUGAGCAAUAUACCGAAAUGUUUGGAUGAAAAGGAAAUCGAAGAAAAGUUACGCACCGUCUUUCCAACUAUGAAACGUUUAUAUUCCCAAAGCAUCAAUACAGCUGAAAAAAAUGUUUUUGAUCGCGGCGAAAACGAUGGAAUUCUUAAUCAAGACAACAAAGCCUCAAACAACGAAACUAAGAACCGCGGCCAUGUAGUCAUACACUUCCCUUCGCACUUAGAAGCUUUAGAAGCGAAGAAAAGCACAACACCAGGUGUUAUUCGAUUGUGGAACCGUGACUUGAAAGUUGUAUGGGCAAACACUGAACGCGAAACGGAUAUGUCAAAAUCGAAUAAAACACUUUUUGUUCGAAAUGUGGCUCUUUGCGUUAAUAAUCGUGACAUUAUGGAUAUGCUUGUGCAAUUCAUACCACGCCAGGAGGUAAGAAAAAUUACAAAGGUGCGAACAAUCGCAUUUUUUGAUUUCACAACACGUGAGGCGGCUGAGAAGUGUUUGCAAGGGUUACAGGGCACUAUCUUACAAGGUCAGCGGCUCAGCAUUGAAUGGGCCAAACCAUCGGAGCAACAAUCUUUGCAUCGUAUGUGUAGGACAGAUUUUGAUGCCAUGCUUCGACUGAAAUGCAUAGCCAACUGCUGGCAAAUACCAGUCAUAAUUUUCGGUACCUUUUUCAAACAAGAAGAUCUUCAGUACGGCGCGGUUAUGAUGCGCAGUGCCGUUGGCAUAGCACGCGCUAUUUUCUGCAUACUCCAGUGCCACGAACUUGUGGACAUACAUUCGCGGAUGUGUGAGGUGGUCUGUGUUCUAUUGGAAACCAUAGGCACAUUUCCCGACUACAACUACUUAUUCUUUGUAGAGAAUGACAAUGCACACCUUUUGGGAAUAGUGACACAUGACUCGCAAUCAGUGAACUUCAUCGCAUCUCAUCAAGUACCCAAUUACAUGCAUUUCGAUUUAAAUGAGAUCAUCGACCUGAGCUUGGCCAUAGCCAAUUUGGCUGCAAUUGAUGAGGAUUUGCUACUGCAAGCAUAUCACGAGAGCUUUCAGAUUCCCAGCACUGCCACAUAUCUACCAAACUUGGUAGUUUCUGGCUAUCGCAUUUUCGGCACAAUUGCGCCCAAAUACCGAAAUAAACCACCAUUAAAAUACAAUCUCAACGAUACACAGAUAGUGCUGGCAUUAUGCUAUUUAAUGACCGGUACAAAUGCAACCCUGCCUAGUCGACCUUAUUGUGCGUAUCCAGUAUGCUUAUUCGAUAAUGGUUACGAAAAACUACGAUUCAUAUCACUCAAACUGCUACCCAUUGCAGUCACACAAUCGCGUUAUCUGGUGAAUCAAUCGCUCAACCAUGUGCAAUUCAACAAUAUGCACAAUAUCCAGCCAACGCAACGUUUCAAAAAGCGUCCGUUAUGGAUUACAGGAUGUUCAUACGCGAAGUCCAUAAAACAACCGUUCCCACCCCAACCUAUGUAUGCUAUCGAGCAAGGAGUUCAAGAUCAUCCUCAGCAAUAUAGUGUAGCAUUUAGCGGUGCUUAUAUGCCGACUAAUUAUGCCACAUCUGGCAUUGAAGCAACUCAGACGACAUUCGGGGUCAAUUGAGUGUUUCAUUUAGUCUUGUGCUUACUUCUACAUUAUUGGAAUACUUAUUUAUUUGUUGUAUGUUUUUGGAUAUUUAUGUAUAUACUCGUAUGUAGUUUUGUGUUAAUAUUAAGAACGUUUUUGGUUUAUUAUUGAUUGACUUCUAUUAAAGUUGAAAUGAAAUGAAAAACUUAUUCGCUAAGAAGGUUUGUUUGAAUUGAAAUUUUUCCAUUUUACCUGCACUGUAUGCAACGUUUAAACUAUUUUAUUGCUUUGUUAAACGCCUCAUGAUACAUAACAAUAAAUUCUUCAGAUUUCUUGAAAUAUGUGUUAUGGUUUUGUAUGAAAAUGUAUACAAGCGCUCUUCAGUCUUGAAAGUUCUCUUAUGACGCGACACGUGCAUAAAUCUCUUGAUACUCAAUUGACUUGUAAACAAAUUAUGAGCACACACAAAUUUGAAUUAAUGCCACGGAGGUCGAUAUUCACAUGGACGCAGGAGAAAUACAAAAAGCGUCUUCGACUUUCUACACAACUGAGUUCAGUCUCUUCAGAGAUUUCGAUACGAACACCACGUAGCAGCGAGUGGAAGUCUGCAGAUCAACGGCAUUGAUGUGCAUAUUUUUAGAAAAUUUUGCCAGCGAACGAACAACAUAAAUAACUGCAUUUUCCUGGGAUAUAUUAUAAGCGUUCUGUACGAUUUCAAGUAAUAGCUACGCAUAAACGUAAAGGAGUUG